GACCUUCUAAUUCUUUGCAACUGCAGCGGGGGCGAGUAUAGUAGGAGAGUCGGGAGCGCCGCACGGCAUUCUACGACCAGCCGCCGACGCCGACAGUCGCCUUAACAGGUAUCGUUUUGAAGAGUUGCAGAACUAACUGAUUAAACAUGUCUAUCUCCGAGUUUCGGCGGAAGAAGCUCCUUUACGUUUUCAACGUUUUCUUUGAUGUGAAUCAGAGCGGCACGAUAGAGAGGAAAGACUUUGAACUUGCUAUAGAGAAAAUUUGCCACCUCCGAGGAUGGAAGCCAGGUGACCCCAAGAACACGGAGACACAUGAGAUCAUGAUCAAGAUCUGGGACGGACUCCGGAAGAGGGCUGAUUCUAACAAAGAUGGACAGGUAUCCGUCGAAGAAUGGACAUCAAUGUGGAACGACUACGCCCAGAACCCAUCAGCUGCCCUCAAGUGGCAGCAGCUAUAUUGUCAGUUCAUGUUCCAACUGGAGGACGCCAGUGCUGACGGGACCAUCGAUAGUGAUGAGUUUACCACUGUCUGCUCCUCCUACGGCAUCGAUCCUCAGGAGUGUAAGGUGGCCUUCACUAAGAUGGCUAAGGGUAAAAGCAGCGUCUCAUGGGAAGAAUUCCAGGAGCUAUGGAAGGAGUACUUCUCCACCGAAGACCCGAACGCUCCGGGUAACUUUAUAUUCGGCAGAACUAGCUUCUAAGCACAAAGUUCACGUAAAACCUCGUAAACCACGAGACAAGUGGAGAAAUGAAGAUUUUCACAGACAAACCGUCUAACAUUCCAUUGAUAAAAAUAGAUGUAAUAAAAUGGCGAGGUUCGGCUUCUAAGGGUCUUUCACACGGGCGCUUUAGUUAUCGCAGCGAUGAAGCUAAGCUAUUUGGAGCUUCCGAAGCCCGAGUACGUGACCCCUUUAUGUGUCAAUAUCUAGCCUUUGAUCCAUUCACGAGUCGCACCUGAGACGUCUCAGCCGUUUGUUGAGGAACUUCAAUGGAUAAUAAAACUAGGCUCGAAUAUGUGACCAGAUCUCACCAAAAAUCUACAACCGUCUUUCGAGGUCACUGUGAAAUGCUUUUCAGAAUAAUGUUUUAACCAAAAUAUGCGAGUAAUCUCGCUUGUGGAUCAGAGGUUUAUAAAAUAAAUUUUCAUUUUACGUGUGUAUGUGUUCAACAUAGAAAUAAUUCCUACAUAUUUCUCUUUAAUAGUGGAACAAUUUCAAAUUUCACGUUUUAUUACUAAGGCUCAAGUUUACUAGAACUUUUCAAUCUUUAGAUACUAUUCUAAUAACAACGAAUGAAAUUAUUCACUUACUCAUUAUUAUAUAGCAUAUCUCGUAGUCAUAUCUAACGAAUCUUGAAAUUUCUGCCGGUUUUAUCCGAAUUAAGUCAACAGUUAUGAUUGUGCUCCUUUGAAAAUAUUGGAAAGCUUUGUUUGAAAUAAAAUUUCUAACUAUAUUGUUGUGUCUAGAUUGAAAUAAGGGCUACUACAAAGUAUAACUUUUUAAC